AAUGUGCUGUGAAAACGGUGUGAGCACAAUUUUGUAAGCACCKGYUCACCGCAUCCGAUUUUUGUUUUAGAUGAGCCGAUUCGCAACUCACUCCUCUUCUCCCAUCCUCUCCCACUCUAGAGACACUCUGUCCGACAAAAACCAGAUUUGGGGUGGGGGGAGGGAUGAUCAUGGUGGAUUAGGACUUGUGGAGGAACGAAGCAAUAACCCAAUCCCCUAAUCCGUUCCUGUGUCUUCGUUGUUGAAGCAAAAUGGGAAUGAUGGGCCGAUUAUCGACGGUUGCUAUUGUGGUGGCGAUUUUUGGGAUCCUGAGAGCCGUCAGCAAGCAGUACGGAUGGGAUAAAGAUGCGGCUCUGCAAGUGUUUCGACAUUUAUCAGACCAAUUGGGAUUCUGGGCCAUCCCUCUCUACGUUCUCCUUCACACUCUUACCCUCGCCCUCUGCUUGCCCUCUGCCAUUUUCUUCGAAGCCGGUGCUUCGCUUCUUUUCGGCUUUUUCCCUGGUGUUCUCUGCGUCUUCUCUGCCAAGGUUCUYGGGGCUUCUCUCUCCUUCUGGAUCGGCAGGCUUCUUUUUAGGAAUUCRAGCUCAGCAAUGGAGUGGGCCCAGAGAAGCCAGUACUUUCACCUUCUAUCUAGAGGAGUUGAACGAGAUGGCUGGAAAUUUGUUCUCCUAGCUCGUUUUUCACCUAUCCCCUCAUAUGUCAUCAACUAUGCUCUAGCUGCUACAAAAGUGGGAUUUCUUGUCGAUUUUCUGCUCCCUACAGUACUCGGCUGCUUGCCAAUGAUUUUACAGAAUACGUCCAUUGUUAGUCUUGCUGGUGCUGCUGUAGCCUCAGCCUCUGGCUCAGAGAAAUCUCAGCUAUUAUCCUCUCUCUUUCCCUUACUUGGGAUUGUAUCAAGCAUUCUCAUCUCAUUGAGGAUCAAAAAGUACACUUCAGAUAUCUCAGUGGCUGAACCAUCUUCUGGUGAGAGUACAAAUGACUGUAAUAAUGUUGUUGAUCAGUCUCAAACUACCAUCAAUAAGAAAAGUGGUAGCAAGCUGACAAGGAAGCAAGAAUAGAUUCAUCUUUGGUAUUCACGUUUCCUCCUGUCUAUUUUCUAUAGAAAUGAAACAUGAAUUAGCAAUUGGGAUUGAAAACUUUAUCUUUUUUUUUUUCUAGAGCUGUGUUCGCUACUAUCAAAUUGUUGGCUUGUUGCCACUUUGCAAGGGCAAAGGAAUGAAUACAAGGAGCGGACCACUUGAGACUUGAA